AUGGCACGCCUUACUUAUCCCGAACCCCAAGCCAAGGGCCUCAACGUCCUCAAGCAAUUCGCCCACACCCCGGCCACGGCGAAGCACUGGGCCAGCAUCGGCGCAGCUCAAUUCAAAGACCUGGAACUCUCCAACAAGAACCGAGAAUUGUCGAUUCUUCUCAGCACGUCAAAGUUCAGGUCGUCAUACGAAUUUUCGCACCAUGUCCCGGUGUCGACCAAGGAGGGGGUGACUGAUGCGCAGCGCGAGGUUCUCAUUCAGGCGGGAAAGCAAAAGGGCUUCUUAGCAGGGAAGGAUGGCUCUGGGCAAUUGAAGGAUCUGUUCACGCAGAAGGAGAGAACGCUGCUGGUGUUCCUUGAAGCUGUCAUUGAGGGUCCUGAGGUGGAUGACAAGGUGUUUGCGGGCGCAAAGGCCGAGCUUUCGGAUCGUGAGAUUGUGGAGCUGAUCACCCUUCAGACCCUCACUCGAUUCGGAAGGUUCUUUCAAACGUAUGUCAAAUUACAAGAGCUGACAGUCUACCGAGUGGCACUACACGACAUCAGUGUGCCCAACCUCGACAGCUUGCCAACCACCGAAGCUCUUGUCAAGAACGCCUUCCGCGAUGAGGCGCUCACGGCGGCCUUGAGGAACCCCGAACACAUGUGCUGGUCAUGCUAUAACUGCCUCUUUGGUCUCUACGAAAACUUAUUUGUCAGAAUCGAAAAGCGUGACGGCCGGAUACGUGUGCCGAUGUACGCUUUGAUGAUCCGAUGGGAGACAAGGCCAAUCGCGAACGCGCUUCUCAUCAGUCUUGCAUCCAUCGGUGCCAUCUUUCUGGCCGAGUCUGCCCAUAUUGUCCUCGAUUUGUAA